UGAACUCCCUUUGAAAAAUAAGAAGUUUGUAUCAAUACUCAAUAGGUGGAGUAUAAAAAAUCAAAAUUUUUAUAACUGUAUUAUUAGAGGAUAAAAGGAUGGGAAGGUGAAAACAUAGACUUAAAUAUAAUAUUAUAUAUCACCCUGUAUAAAAUAAAAUUGCUGCAUAGCGCAUUCUUUUUGGUGGAUCAGGCCAAUAUUUGAUAAGAUGCCCCGAGGUUAAUGAAUACAUUUUUUCUAACGCUACACGUAUCAAUAUUAUAUGUGUCAUAUAAACAAGCCCUCGAACAAUAAUUAAUUAAAACAUGUUCCUUAUAUCUCAACGGUGGUUAGUGAAUAGCAACCGUGUAGUAUGCCGUAGAAAAUUCUGCUCAAAACAACCACCAGAACUACCUGAAGAACCGACGACAUGUUGUAUGUCAGGGUGUGCCAAUUGCGUGUGGAUCGAGUAUGCAGACAAGGUCAGAAGUAUGCUAGCAAACAGUGAUAGUAAACAAGUUUCACAAAUGGUGUUGGACAAAAUACAGGAUCCCAACAUGAAGGCUUUUUUAUCCAUGGAACUCAAAUCAAAAGGCUUAUAGUAACAUUAAAGUUAUAUAUUUUAUAGUUUGAUAAAUAUAAACUCUUACAAAUAUU